GCUAAAGCCACAGGUCUGUGGGUUCAGAGACGCCUUAUGGCUUCCUUCCGACUAUCCUCCUUAAUACCAUGCCUUUACUGCUACACAAGCAGUGGGGUGAGUAUAUUCGGUAUACAGCUAUAAACCAAUACUAACAGAACUUUUAGUAAUUUUAAAGCACACAAAGAGCAUGUGUGAAUGUUGGUACCAUGCAGAAUUAAGCCAAGCCUAUGCAGAGCAGCUAUUGAUACGAGAUGGACGCGAUGGAGCCUUUCUUGUGCGCCAGAGUGAAUCUGUCAGUGGAGCAUUUGCCAUUUGCCUUAUGUACCUUCAUCAAGUGCACACAUAUCGAGUCUUACCGGAUAAGAAUGGAUUACUCUCAGUUCAGUCUGUGCAAGGUGUUAAGGUAGAAAAAUUCCCUGGGCUCAGGGAACUAAUUGCAAACUACAGAUACAAGGGACAUGGACUGGUUACUGCAUUACACUACCCUGUUGGUCGACAAGGUGUGGCUAAAGUUGGGGACUAUAUUGGCAAAGAUAUUAUCUUCACCGAUGCAUAUGGUUUGUCCUAUUGUGAUGGACCAUGUAGAACCAAUAACACAACCUUACAAGAAACCCAGCAGGCUAAAAGGAAGCAAUGUCUGGGCCAACAUGCUCUGAUGGAAGAACUAAAGAAAACAUGCAAGAAUCUUGACAGAGAGAUUAAAGACACAUGGCAUAGUUUGAAGAUACUUGCGCAAGUCUUUAGACACACGUCUAUGAUAUUACUUCCUAAGGGUGAUCAGGUUUCUAUACUUGACAGUCUCAUGUGCAGCAUUUCAUGUGUUCUGCAGUUACUUUCUACUCUGGAAAGCAAGGCAAGACAGGUAUGCAAUGAGAGUAUUUCUGGUUCAUCCAGUACUCUAGCUACUCAGAAUUCACCUGGUAUUAAUAUAUGCAGAGCAAAAGAAUCCCAGCAUAUAAGACAAAGUGAUCAGAUCCAUCUCCAAAGGACUGCUCCCCAAAGCCUAUCUAUAUUUGUCGGAACUUGGAACAUGGUGCUGGUUUUACACAGCCCGAUGUUGGGAAUGAACAUUGCAGGUGCUGCAGGUCACCAGAUCAAUGUUUGUUCAUCAGGUGGAUCAUCCCCCCCACAUUCCCUUUCUUCAUGGCUGUCUAUAAGAAAGGUUGAGGGGAACCUGGAGAACCCUUCUGGCUGUAUGUCACAUGAUCUUUACAUGAUCGGAACACAGGAAAAUCCACAAGGAGAUCGGGAAUGGGCAGAGUUCCUUAGAACUGCAUUGAUUUCUCAGACAAUGAAACAAUACAAAUUGGUCUGUGUGCACUCCAUUGGGGGGAUAAAACUUGCAUUACUGGUAAGGGAAGAAUAUGAAUAUCUCAUCUCCCAUGUGCAGACAUCAACUGUGAGGACAGGAAUCAGCAACACCCUGGGUAUUAGAGGAGCUGUCGGUGUCUCAUUCAACUUCAACCGGGUAUCAUUGGGUUUUGUUACUUCUCAUCUUGUGUCUGGAAUUGAGAAAGUCCAAAAGAGGAACCAGAGUUUUGGGGAAAUACUACGAGGUCUAACACUUGGAGACGAAACUUUAAGAAGCUUCCAGCUGCCUCUAAGACUGACAUAUCUGUUUUGGGCUGGCGACUUGAACUAUAAAAUAGACAUGCCUUUUCAGGAUGUACUACAGCGUAUCUACAGUGGCCAGCACCAAACGCUGCUUCCUAUGGAUCAACUAAACCAGGAACGUGAGAAGAAGAAAAUCUUCCUAGGAUUCAAGGAGCAUCCAAUCACAUUUCCACCAACGUGUCGCUAUGAAAGAGGUUCUCGUACAUACGAUUUGCAGAAAGCUAGGACAACUGGAACUCGAAUAUUUGCCCCAUCCUGGAGUGAUCGUAUCCUAUGGACUUCAUAUCCAGAUACUGAGGUUAAAUGUACAUCAUAUGGUUGUACAGAUGAUAUUGUGACCAGUGAUCAUUCACCUGUUUUUUCAACAUUUGAGGUUGGACUUAAUGCUUUGUCUCCGAGAGAUUGCAGUUAUAACCUUAAAUUCCUGGGUAUUGAAGCCAUUAUUAAAACUCAGAACCGGUCCAAAGGAUAUAUUGAGUUCCAAUCCCUGUGCUUAAAAGGAACUGCACAAAGUAGAGUGAACAGUAUGCACAGUUCAGAAGGGGCAGCAUUUGUAAAGCUUGGUUGGUUAGAGCAAGACUUGCCAGAGCUCACCCUGGUUGAAGACCUCACCCAAUCUACCUGUUCUGGACACUUACUCUUGAGUAUCCGUCCAGCAGAUGGUGGUGAGUCCUAUGGUGAGUGCUGUGUCUCCCUGCGGACAGAGUAUGUUAAUACUGAGAAUCAUAUCCAAGUAUUUCUUUCACAGCGAGGGGAGGAAACAGGGUCUUUGAGGGGCAGGAUGAGAAUGAAUCACCUCCCAGUAGUUAAUCCAGCGAGAAGCUCUAACAUGGCAGGCAAAGAAACUGAGAAAGGUGACUCCACAGUUGUCAUGCCCAAAUGUGCUGCUGAUACUCUCUGUGGCCAUUCACGAUUAUCAAAGCGUCCUACCAGACAACGUCCUGCAAGUAUUUGCUGUGAAAGUUACAGUAAUGCUGAAUAUUUUCUGUUUGAGAGCUCAAGUUGCUCUUCCACUCCAACAUCUCCAAGGCCUCGAUCUGCGCUAUUGAGUGGAGAAAAAACACCAGAACAUGGGCAAAAAUUAUUUAGGGAUGGCUUAGAGUGGUCAGAUGCAUCACCUCGAACUAAGAGACCCACCUUCAGAUGAAAGAUAGACGUGAAAGUUAUGCUUAAAGGGAGUCUGUCACCACAAUUUCACUGUAUACACUGCUUACAUAGCGCUGUAGCAUAAAUGUACAUGAGUCAAAUGGUACCUUUGUUCAGACAUUGACCAGCAGCAAAAAUGCUGUUUUAUUCAUAUGCACUUGAGGGCUUGCAAAUGUCCAGCGACGUUCAGGCUGUAAGUGCCCAGGCCG